CAUCCUGCUCUUUGUUUAAAGACCGCAACGGUCGAAUUAUUUCUCUCCCAAUCUCUCUCUCUCUCUCUCUCUCUCUUUAACUAUCUCUCUAGAAAUUCUUCAUUUCUUCUUUGCUAAACCAUUUCGCUGAAGAAACUUUCAGAAGGAAGCUCAUUUUAAGACAGGUUGAAUUGGUUGAACAUGUCUACUAAGAUGAUCAACAAAGAAGAUCCACUUUUGCAGGUGGAAACAACAUGUGGAUCUCUUCUAUAUGAGCUUCAGAUUAUAUGGGACGAAGUGGGUGAAUCUGAAACAGAAAGGGAUACAAUGUUGCUUGAACUUGAACGGGAAUGUCUGGAAGUGUAUAGAAGGAAAGUAGAUCAAGCUAACCGUUCUAGAGCUCAACUAAGGCAAGCCAUUGCUGAUUCUGAAGCAGAGCUUGCAGCCAUUUGCUCUGCAAUGGGUGAAAGACCUGUACAUAUUAGACAGUCUGAUCAAAACCUGGGAAGUUUGAAAGAAGAACUGAGAGCUAUUCUUCCUCAAAUAGAGGAAAUGAGAAAAAGGAAAUUCAGCAGGAGAACUCAAUUCAUUGAAGUUAUAGAGGAAAUACAACAGAUAUCAAACGAGAUUCACAUGUCUUCAUACACUGGUUCCAACUCAUUGAUCGAUGAAUCAGAUUUAUCUAUAAGAAGACUUGAAGAACUGCAAAAAGAGCUGCAAGCCCUUCAGAAAGAAAAGAGUGAUCGAUUGAUUUACGUUGUCGACCUUCUAAACAAUUUGAAUUCUCUAUGUGCUGUGCUCGGAGUUGAUUUUAAUCAAACUGCAGGCGAAAUUCACCAUAGUUAUGGUAAUAAUCCUGAAGGAGACAGGGUGAAUAUAAGCGAUGAAGCUAUUGGGCGAUUGACGACUGGAAUAGAAAUGCUUCGUGAGAUCAAAAUACAGAGAAUGCAGCAGCUUCAAGACCUUGCAACCACCUUGUUGAGGCUAUGGAAUCUAAUGGAUACGCCUGUUGAAGAGCAACAGGUUUUCCAUAACGUGACUCGAAAUGUAGCGGCUUCUGAGCAAGAGAUGACUGAGCCUAAUAUGCUUUCAGUAGAAUUCAUCAACAAUGUUGAGGCUGAAGUUAUGAGGUUAGAUGAAUUGAAAGCUAGCAAGAUGAAGGAACUUGUAAUGAAGAAAAGAUUAGAGCUUGAAGAAGUUUGCAAGAAGACACACUUGCUUCCUGAAUCAGACAAUAAUGCCAUUGAUAUUUUGAUGGCAGCUAUUGAAUCUGGAACGGUUGAUCCUGUUGGGGUACUUGAGCAAAUCGAGCUACAAAUCUCGAGUGUGAAAGAAGAGUCUUUGGGUAGGAAAGAAAUACUAGAAAGAGUGGAUAAGUGGAUAUUAGCUUGCGAGGAAGAGUGCUGGCUUGAGGAGUAUAACCAGGAUGAGAACAGAUACAAUGCUGGUCGUGGUGCUCAUCUUACUCUGAAACGAGCUGAAAAGGCCCGUGCUUUGGUCAACAAACUCCCAGGGAUGAUGGAGGCACUUGCAUCCAAAACCAGAACAUGGGAAAACGAGAGGGGAAUGGAUUUCAAUUACGAUGGUAUUCGUCUUCUUUCUAUGCUUGAAGAGUAUACCAUGCUGCGGCAAGAGAAAGAGCAGGAGCGAAAGAGAAUGAGGGACCAGAAGAAGUUACAAGGACAGUUAAUGGCAGAACAGGAGGCAAUGUUUGGUUCGAAACCGAGUCCUUUGAAGCAGCAACAACUCCAAAGUGGGAAGAAGGCCUCAAGGAGGCAGUCAAUUGGUGGGCAGCCGCAGCAAACCAGCAACAGAAGGCUUUCUCUUGGAGGACCAACUUUACUUCAACAACAAACCCCUAAAGCCACUCCAAAUACCCGCCAGCCAAAGAAGAAUCCCAACAACAACAACAAUGAUCAUCUCGAUUCAUUCCCAUCUUUGUCAACAGUGAGGAGAGGAUUGGACAUUGCUGGCAUUAAUAAUAAUAAUUCACCAAUGAAGAGGAAGCCAUUUUCGCCCAUAUCUUCAACAGAAUCAUCCAAGUCCAACAUGGCAAAUCUUCUAGAGGAGUUGAACAACAGAAAGCAGACAACUGACAUGUUAUCGCAAAUUACUACACCUUACAAGAUUAAUAGUUCGGAGGAAGAGAACUACAACAACAGGAAUACUCCCAUCAAGAUGAUGGCGAUACCGGUCCCAUCUACGCCUUUAACUGUGUCUGUUCCUAUGCAGACAUCCAAGACUCCUGCACAUGUUCCUGUUGCUCCAAUUCAUUUCAACCUUAAACCGACACCACCACCAGUUGAAGAGAAUGUUGUUGAGUACUCGUUUGAAGAAAGGAGGUUCGGAUUUGUUCUUCCAUCAACAACACCCCUCAAGCUGUCACUCGUACAAGUCUGAAUUUGCUUUUCAAGUUUUUUUUUUCUUUUAGUAUAAUUUGAUUGCCUAUCAGGCAUUAAGAAUAGUAGGACAAUAUUAGAAUUCUGUGGCUUUCUUUUGGUUGUAAGUCAAUCUCAAUUGGCUUCUUUCUUUACUUUCUUCCUGUUACAUUGGCUAGUAUUAAAUUUGUUCUUUUCUUUUAACAUAUAUUUCA